GCCCAGGAUGGGCAUGCGCGCAGCAGGGCAGGAAUGAGGAAGUGAGGCACUCGCCGUCUCUUGAGGGCGUACAGCAGAGUUUCAGAGAGCAAAGAGGAGAGCGGGGGAAGAACUCAACCUGUCAGAAAUAGUCUUCUGGACAUAUUGUGUUAGUGUUGUUCAUGGAGCUCCCCAGGCAGAGGUUAUGUUUCACACUAUGUGCUGACUGUCUGUACUUACAGAAGAUAUUUAAAAGCAAACAGACUUUUUUUUCGAAGAUUUUGAUUCCAGUGGAAUCUGCUUUAGAUUUUUGUCUUGUCCAUUAACUCCUGAAACAAUGCCUGUACAAGCUCCACAGUGGACGGAUUUUCUCUCCUGUCCAAUUUGCACACAGACUUUUGACGAAACGAUCCGGAAGCCCAUCAGCUUGGGUUGCGGCCACACUGUCUGCAAGAUGUGCCUCAACAAGCUCCACCGUAAGGCGUGCCCUUUUGACCAGACCACUAUCAACACAGACAUCGAACUUCUUCCUGUGAACUCGGCCUUGCUGCAGCUAGUGGGUGCUCAGGUAGUUCCUGAGCAGCAGCCAAUUACUAUAUGUAGUGGAGCUGAAGAUACCAAGCAUUACGAGGAGAGCAAAAAAUGCGUGGAAGAAUUAGCAUUGUACCUCAAACCACUCAGCAGCGCAAGAGGUGUGGGUCUGAACAGUACUACUCAGAGUGUCCUGAGUCGUCCUAUGCAAAGGAAACUUGUGACACUGGUUCACUGCCAGCUAGUGGAGGAAGAAGGACGGAUCAGAGCCAUGCGUGCGGCACGGUCGCUUGGGGAAAGAACAGUCACAGAGCUCAUUCUUCAGCAUCAAAAUCCCCAGCAGCUCUCUUCCAACCUCUGGGCUGCAGUGAGAGCCAGAGGGUGCCAGUUCCUCGGACCGGCUAUGCAAGAAGAGGCUUUAAAGCUGGUUCUGCUGGCUCUGGAAGAUGGAUCUGCUUUGUCACGAAAGGUCUUGGUUCUCUUUGUGGUUCAGAGGCUGGAGCCACGAUUUCCUCAGGCUUCUAAAACUAGCAUUGGGCAUGUUGUCCAGCUUCUUUACAGAGCCUCAUGCUUCAAGGUGACAAAACGUGAUGAAGAUUCCUCCCUGAUGCAACUGAAGGAGGAAUUUCGUACUUACGAAGCUCUGAGAAGGGAACACGAUUCCCAAAUUGUUCAAAUUGCCAUGGAAGCAGGUUUACGCAUUGCACCGGAUCAGUGGUCCUCGCUGUUAUAUGGAGACCAGUCUCACAAAUCCCACAUGCAGAGUAUCAUUGACAAGUUGCAGACCCCAGCCUCGUUUGCACAGAGUGUUCAGGAAUUAACUAUUGCUCUUCAGAGGACUGGAGAUCCAGCUAACCUGAAUCGCCUUCGACCUCACCUUGAGCUCCUGGCAAAUAUUGAUCCCAGCCCAGAUGCUCCACCUCCAACGUGGGAACAACUGGAAAACGGGCUGGUUGCUGUAAGGACUGUGGUUCACGGCUUAGUUGAUUAUAUCCAGAAUCACAGCAAGAAAGGAACGGAUCAGCAACAGCCUCCUCAGCACAGCAAAUACAAGACAUACAUGUGCCGAGACAUGAAGCAGAGAGGAGGAUGCCCCCGAGGGGCUAGCUGCACCUUUGCACAUUCACAAGAGGAGCUAGAGAAAUUUCGUAAAAUGAACAAGCGUCUGGUUCCAAGAAGACCCCUGAGUGCCUCCCUGGGCCAGCUGAAUGAGGUGGGCCUGCCUUCAGGAGCUAUCCUCUCGGAUGAAGGGGGAGUGGACUUGCCCAACAGGAAAACCUCUGCUCUGCCAAACGGAAUUGUGUCAACAGGCAGCCCAGGGACACAGCUUAUUCCUCGAGGGACUGAGUCCAAUUAUGAAACUGCUCUGAAGCCAGGGAAGAUGGACCAUCUGAGUAGCAGUGCCCCUGGAUCCCCUCCUGAAUUGCUGGAAUCUGUCCCCAAGAGCUCUAUUUCUGCCUUACCAGUGAACCCUCAUCCUGUGCCUGCUCGGGCACCAACAGAUCUGCCAUCAGUGUCUGUCACAAAGCAGUUGCAAAUGGUACCUCGUGGGUCUCAGUUGUAUAAUACUCAGCAGGCAGAUAUCUUUUAUCAAGAUCAUAGAGGAGCUGCCCCACCGUUUGAGCCAGCGCCCUACCAGCAAGGAGUUUACUAUCCUCAAACCAUGUCUCGCUUUGUGCGACCUCCUCCGUCAGCUCCAGAUCCUGGCCCACCUUAUUUAGACCAUUACUCACCCUACCUUCAGGAUCGUGUGGUGAGCCCCCAGUACACGCAGCCGCAGCAAUAUCCUCCGAUGGGACAACCCAUAUAUCCACCGCACUACGACAGCCGUCGUGUAUACCCCCCUGUCCAGCCAUAUCAGCGAGAGGAGAUUGCCCGAGGAAGCCCCGUUCCCAUUGAAAUUUCACAGGCAGCAGUACCUUCCUACGUACCUGAAUCCAGGGACAGAUACCCACAAACAGAGGGUUAUUGCCCAGUGGCUCCGCAUCUCGGUCAGAUCAGACCUUCGUGCCACCGGCCUCAUCCCAGCCUGGAUGAACUCCACCGACGAAGGAAGGAGAUCAUGGCGCAGUUAGAGGAGAGGAAGGUUAUUUCUCCACCUCCUUUUGCACCUUCUCCAACCUUGCCUCAUCCUUUUCAUUCAGAAGAGUACUUGGAUGAAGACCUGAAGGUAGCUGGGAAAUACAAAGGAAAUGACUACAGCCAGUACUCUCCCUGGUCCUGUGACACCAUCGGCUCCUACAUUGGAACCAAAGAUGCAAAACCCAAAGAUGUUGUGGCAGCAAGGAGUGUGGAGAUGGCGAACGUGGAUAGUAAAGCCAUGCGUGACCAACGAUUAGACAUGCAGAGGAGAGCAGCAGAGGCUGGUGAUGAUGACCUCAUUCCGUUUGGAGACCGACCAACUGUGUCGAGAUUUGGGGCUAUCUCUCGUACUUCCAAAGCGAUGUACCAGAAUUCGGGUCCCAUUCAGGCCAUGGCGGUGCAGGGAGCUUCCACCAAAUCAAUCAUUUCAGACUACAGUCCUUAUGGAACUCAUGGUGGCUGGGGAGGCUCUCCAUAUUCUCCCCAUCAGAAUAUACCUUCUCAGGGACGUUUCAAUGACAGGGAGAGACUGUCCAUGUCAGAUGUGGCUGGUCAUGGAAAACAGUUGCCCUCAGCUGAGCGAGAGCAGCAGCUGCGCAUGGAGCUGCAGCAAGUGGACCAUCAGAUUAGCCAGCAGACACAAAUGAGAGGACUAGAGGCUGUUAGUAACAGGCUGCUGUUGCAGAGGGAGGCGACUACCCUGGCAGGCCAACCACAGCCCCCACCCCCACCUCCCAAGUGGCCUGGGAUGAUCUCAAGUGAACAGCUGAGCUUGGAGCUACACCAGGUGGAAAGGGAAAUUGGGAAGAGAACCCGGGAGCUGAGCAUGGAAAGCCAGUCUUCACUGGAUAUAAAAAACAAACUGGGCACCACUAAACAGACAGAAAAUGGACAGUUAGAACCACAAAGCAAGGUUCCAGCUGAGGACCUCGCACUAGCAUUCAGCAGCGAUGUUCCAAACGGAUCAGCCUUGACACAAGAAAACAUCAGCCUCCUGUCAAACAAGGCAGCAUCUCUCAGCCUGUCAGAGGACCCAGAGGGAGGAGGAGACAGCCAAGACUCCCAGAGGAUGGGAGUUACGCCCACAUCUGCUCCAUGAAGUGAGGCCAGCGUACCCCAGAGCUCCUUUUGCUGGGGUGCUGGUAGCUUCCAUCGCGUUUUUUUCCAGGAGUGAUUGGAGAAACCCAGGAGCAACAGCUGUAGCAGAGCAGCAGGUCCAGAGGCAAUGUGCACAGACGCAAAUACUAGAAGCAAAUCCUGCACAUAGUUCACAUUAACGCAUUUUUUAAUUAAAAAAAAAAAAAUGAAAAUUAGCAGUAUCUGCAAGAGAUUCAAAUUAAAUUUGUUUUUGUUCUGUGAAUGAACUUUAUUUUAAUAACUUCGGACGCCUUGGGUCCCAGGGCUUAAAAAAAAAAAAAGAUAUUAUAUAUAUACUCUGUUUGAUUAAUUGUAUGAUCUUAAUGAAGUAGGUUUUUUCUUUUUUUUUUGGUAUUAUUACAUACCCAGUGCGUAAUUCCUUAUCACUUUAAUUUCUCGACAAAUAAAACAACCCGGCCACUUCCUUUGUAUGAUUUAAAGGUGAACAAGGAGUGAGGGCUGUAGAGUAGCUCUGAAUUGCAGUGUCAGAAGAUGUGCAGCAAAUUUAAUUCUUGGAAUUCAUUUCUCCCCUUGUGAGCAGGAACUGACCCCUGGCUUGUGCGAGACUUAUUCUUGUUUAAGUAGUUUUAAGUAUAAACGUGACAAAAUCUUUUCAGUGCAACAGGUGCAGACCAAAGUGUAAGCCCCUGCACAGCGCGUGUGAUGGAAACGAGAACGAACGAUAUGUCCAACAUUCAUUAUUUUUAUUUGAAGAUUGCUGCCCGUUUGGUUUUUUUUUUUGGUGGAGUUCAGCAGAAUGCAGACAGGCAUCCCACAGCAUGGGUAUGUCUGAAGCUGUUUAGCUGAGGCUUGCGGUAGACAGGCUUAACUAACCAGAGAAGGUUGUGCAGCAUUAGUGAGGCAAGGUCUCUAGAAACAGCAUGCAGGGAGAACAUAAGGCAGUGCAGUUGCUGGAAGGAUGCUAACUGCAGAUGAACUGCUGAACUGUAUUUGGUCAGCCCGUGUUAGUUUCUUUGCUUGGUUUGUUCUCCCCACUCUCGUUACCCUUUUAAAACGGGCUUGCCCAAAGCGCCUACGGUGAGCUUAACACAGAGAGGCUCACUGACCUCUCUGCUUUCUGAAACAGGUCUUUUGUGUGCACCUCCCUCUCAGCAACUUUUGCCUUUGUUGCUUCUUCCUUGUUAUCUUCUUAUUAAACAUACAGUGGUUUCCUCUGUGACCUGAUUACUUUUUCUCUGCUCAGCAGCACAUCGGUUAUUUGGUUGUGGUGCCGUUCUGAGUGCCCUUCGCUGACAGAGACCGUCAUCUUUGGGUUGUGCACGCUGGCGAUGGUAGUCUCUCAAAAACAAAGGAGAAUUGUUUUUUUCUCUUUUAAAGUUCCCAUUGUUUCGGGUCUGUGUGUCACAGACCUCAGGAUCCAUUUGUGGUUUGUCUGUCACUGCUGCACUGAAUCCUUCCCAGCUGCCUGUUGCGUAGGAGAAAAGCUGCAUCAAAAAUUCCACUCAAGGUGCAGCAUUGAUCCUGGCCGUUGCAGUGAAAAGUAAAUUUGGCUUGAGAGACCUAAUGUGCUGCUACUUCUAGUAGAUGCAUUGGAAGCAUGAAUUGGAGAAAGCAUAAGCCUUUUUAGAUCUGUUUUCUUUAAAGUUAAAGAAACAAGAGACUUGUUCUUGCUGCACAUUUUUUGACUUUAUCAGCAUGCACUGGGGUGAGACCCCGUAUGCGAAGAACUCUAUGGAGAUUGCUUUUUGAAGUGCUGCUCCCUCUGCACCUUCUUGGCCUGUUCUCAUUUUUUUUCUUUCUGGGUUAGACUACUAAAUCAGAAAGCACUGGUUAUGUAAUAAAUUACUGCAUUGCUUUGGUUGGGUAAAGCAAGAGUUAAUAAUUUCCUUGUUUGUUUGUUUGUUUUUUUUCCUUAACCUCAACUCCUGCUGAGGUCAUAGCAACCUUGGGCGAAGCUUUGCAUUCAUCAUACUGUUAAAUAAAACAAAAUAUGGGGGGUGGGAGGGGAUACAGUCCCACUAUUGCCUACCAGUAGGAGAGUCCAAACAGAAGACUCUUUUGAGUAGCAAUUAUUUAAUUUGCCCAGUCAAGGCACCGCGUUUGUAUACUAUUUCACAUUGAAUUUGAUUAUGCCCUACAGACCUGGCUGGUCAAGGAUUUGAUACACAUAUUGGCUUGGGAUUCGAGCUUUCUUUUUUAUUUAAAUAAAAAUUUAUAUAUAAAUAUAUAUAUACAUAUAUACAUAGUUAUAUCUGUAUAUAUAUUGGGUAUGUUUUAAGAAUUUUUUCGCAUGAGCGCAGCUGUUGUGAUCAGAUAUCUGGGAGGCAGAAGCACUGAGUGAAAGUAAAGGCAUUUUUCAGCACACACCCAUGUUCUCCAUAUCUUCCUGCAUAUUUAUUUUGCUCUUCGUUGAGCUUUAGCCUCUUAACUGCUAGGAGUACUUUUAAGGCACGCUUUUAUUUUUUCUUUUAAACUUCUGGCAAAGAACCAUCUUGGCACUAGAACUUCGCCAGCCCCCAUCCAUCCGCAUCUCCUCCUUAAAGCCUAGCAGCACAGCCGUUCCCUUGGCGCAGGGCAGAGCUAGGCCAGUGCAGUUUAGAGCCUGCUAGGUCUGUUCUUCCCUUCUCUGCUCUGGGCACGGCGAAGAGCAACAUGUUCCCUGGCAGUGGAGUUCCCUGUGCAGCCAGCUGACACGGGCACCGCGCCGUGUCCUCCCAUCUCUGAGCGCAGAGCUCCACCGUCAGGUCAGCCUGCUCUUCCUUGGUUUUAAUUAGUUUACUUCUUCCUGCUGUGUCUUUAUCAACACGGGGAGCUCAUUUUAGUUGAGAUAAUUAGUGCAAUAUUCUCAUCUAGGUGGACAAGCCCAGAAUGCAUCUUUGGUUUACUGCAAUAAUUUUUUUAAUGUGAACUGAAUUUUCAAAAACGGUUAUGAUCUGUUUGAAACUACAGAUUCAACACUAGUAAGAAAAUCUGGAGGAGCAGAGAACUUUGUUUUACCUCUUAUUGCUUGUGCCAGGUAGUUGCCUUUCCGCGUUCGGAAUUGCUCUUUUUUUUCUCUUUGCUUUUGCUCCUUGGAGGUAUUCUGUUAGCAGUAAAUCUUUCAGAUCGCCUCUACUGGCCUAAAUAUGGUGAAUGCUUCCAGAACAUGUGGAUUAGAGGGAGACUUUACUGUUGUUACUCCUCCUGUGUCCAGCUCUCCGUGCUGUACUUUGUGCAUAGUGUCCUUGUUGUGAUCAAUGUGUCCAGGUGAAUGGCCUCUUUGCCCAGCAUUAUAGUUUGGCUUGUUAAAUAGCUUGUUUAAUAUCUACCAGCAAUAUUGAUUUCUGUUAUUUCUUCCCCCCCCCCCCCUUUUGCCCUUUCCUUGUUUCUCUGGAAGAGCUUAGCUGAUGAAACAGUCAAACAGCAAUGUAUAGUGCAUGCUUUUAAUUCCUUCUGAAAGCUGCACCUAAAAUGUUCGCUCUUUAGGAACAAACAUGCUAGUAGCACGGGGAGAGCAGGUAGCUGUACAUAGAGUGGAAGCACUGAGAGUUACAGCUUGUAACCAGAGAGUGACAAUUCCUGGAGUGACUGUAUUUCUGUACCCCAUCGUGGUUAUACAGGAAUACUGUCCGCUUCCAUAAAGCUGGUCUCGUCUGUAACACAGUUUACUCCUACUAAAGCAAGAAGAAACUGUACUACAAUGGUGUUAAAAGCACCAUUUCAUAGCUAGGUUGGAUUUUCUCCUGCAGUAGACACCUUUGAACAGUUGUUGAUACCUGGGUUUCAGUCCCAGCAUGGACAAUUCCCCCCGAGAAUGGGAAGCUUCAAGUAGUAGGUUAAACUUCAUAUGUCAGACAGUGAUUCAGCCAGUGUAGAAGUGAUGCUGGUUUAUUCUGUUGCAUCGUCUUCCUUCUUCCCCAGUAAACAUCACUGCGUCCUCUCCUAUGACCUAGUCCUCUAUACAGGAGAAAUCUACGCUUCUUUCUGCCCCUUUCGUGUGUUGUUAUAUCCUGUGCCAUUUUAGAAUAGCACUUUUUUUUCUUUAUAUCAGAGCACCUUUCAAAACUUGGAGCACUGUUGCCCGCCCCCCCCUUUUUUUUUUCCUCUAUUUCUUUUCUGUCUAGUUUCCUUUGAGCCUUAUUCUCUGCCUUUUGUCCAGACCGUCCUUUCUUUCCUUCUUGGCUUGCCCAUUCACCCUCCCUGAUUGUGUAACAGUGACAGCUUGCUGCCUCAAAACAGAGCAUUCAAAUGAAUUCGCUUAGCCAAUAACUUCUGUGAAGUUGCCUUUUCUAAUGGUGUUAUUACUCAGUGAUGCACAAAUGUGAUAUUGCCCCUACUGGUAGGCAAACGAGGGAUCUGUAUAAACAUGGUAAACUGCUGUUUUUCUUUAAAGGAGAGCCAAAGACUUGUGCUUUACACUUUUUUUUUUUUUUCCUGGUGUAGCCAUUUGAUUGUCAAAUCUUUGUAGGGUUUUGUGAGUUGACUGUAUUAUCCUAAUAGAACUUUUAAAAUCUUAACAAUUGUCAAGCCUUAUCCGUGCAUUGUAUUGUGGAAAAUCAUUCCGUGUAGUCAUACAAUUUGCGAUGUACUGAGAUGUAUCUGGGGUAUUCUGACAUGUUUUGUCUCUCAUGCGCUCUCCCAGCUGCUCGAGGGGCUCAUUUAGAGAGGGAGAAGGAACAGAAAUUUUGUAUAAUUGAAGAAGCCUUGUCUUAGUUUAAAUUGACUUGAAUACUGAUUUCAAUUCUCUUUAUUUGCAGUAAAAGAUAAAUCCGUGCUGCAGAUGUGACUAUUGAGCCCUUUGGAACUGAAAAGAUGUGUCAAACUAGCAUUAAAUUAGAUGUGUAAGAAGCAAACCCAUACAUCUACGUUGUCUCAUGACAAGAGUGAGGCAAAUUCCUUUCAGAAAGGACUAGGAAGGAGGCUUUUGGCUGACAAUAGAAAAAAAUCGCUUGCGUUUCCCUUCCUUGAUCUAACUUAAAUUCUUGCAGACUGUUACUCAGGUUUUUAGGUUCAGAGAGAAACCUGUGAGGAGCGUAACUCCUCACUGCCAUUUCCAUUCAUAAUCUGGACUAGAAGGAAGCAGGCUACAGGAUGGUUCCCUGAAGGACCGCAGUAUGAACUAGCCAUUUCACACCUACACGUAUGGUCCAGCAAAUUCAGAGCUGGUAGUCAGGAGGCUCAGCAGCAGGAGUGCUACCUUAUCUUCUCUGGUCUGAAAUGGGAAACAAAACCCGUAUCAGCAGUGUGCAAGUUCUGUGGAUGUCCACGUGCGUAUCAAGUAUUUGUAGUCUUAGAAUAGCUAGAAGGAGCACAGAGCAAGGCUGCCUGUUUUUAUGAUUUCACCAUCACAUUCAGAUUUGGUCAUCGGUCAUUUUUACAAAGCAUCACUUCCUACUCUGAGCUAAAAAAAAAAAUCAACACCGGGUGUCAGCAGCUUAACCAUUUGUGUGACAACAGAUCAAUUUCCCUGGAUGAGAACAGGAAGCAACGUUCUUGAGUUGUCUAAAAAGGAGUUUAGACAGGAAUUGGAAAGACCAUCUGCCUCGCUUGCAUAAAUAUAAAGUCUGAGUUUGAGGAAAGCACCUUUUAGGUGCCACCUUGGUGCUAGAAGUUGGAUGGCUGUUGCUUGCAGUACGCGAGCACGCAGUCUAUGUAGCUUAGAUUGAUCUCUUUCCCAGAUCAAAUAUAGCUUGGGAUGUCAAACACUUCAUUGGGGAUUCUCUUUUCCGCACUCACCUGUUAUCAAGUGCAUUAAUUCCUAAUGCAGGGAGGAAGAAAGAGGCUGAGGAACAAAUCAGCUCAAGUUCUGUAAGUAAGCAAUUUGGGGGAAUGUUAUCCCAGCCAAGUCCCCGUUCCUAGUUAAUAAAUGGUUUUUAUUCUUGCGUAGGAAGAAGAAAGUAACAGCUCAGUGUUGUCACAGUCUGCAAGGCACUUCUUGUGAUGCAGGUAGGGCCUUGAUUAGCAGGGAAAGGAGAACAAACUUAAUCCUGAUUUUAUUUUCUGAAUUGCAAGAGCAAUAUCGUGGUGGAAACCGAACGCUAUUAUAAGUUAAGAGGGUGCAGUUUUUUCUGAAAAUUCCUAAUAAAAAGAGCAUAUGGGAAUUUGGAUUUUUCUGCAUCCUCUUCUUUCUACAUCAGGAACAUCCCAGUCAUUGGAAGCAUAAAAUCUGUGACCAUAGUAGUCAAAAUUGGAUGUCUUGUAGCUUAGUAACAUCAAUAAUUAACCGUUUUUCCCAGUCGAUCUUUGCAAUUCCGGUGAGUUUGUGUAUGAUUUUCGUGCAGAUUGCCAAGUGUUCAGCAUUUGGGGAAGUUCAGGUGCCUGGCUGCAUCCAGCACACACUUUGCAUGUUUUCCUACUCCAGAAAACAGCUGGGAGUUCUAGGAAAACACACUAUCAGCUUCAGUUUAAGAAAACACAGUCUUGAGGAAAAACAGAAGUAACAGGUGGUGCAGUGUCUCUGAAAAAAAAAAACCAACACAUUAGAGAUGAUGGGAUUACGUAUGAAAUGUGAAUGGGAGAAAAUAUAUGCGUAAGGACAAAAAAAAAUCUUGUGGAGUAUUUGAUGUUGAAGAAAUUAUUUGCUUCUUUGUAACGUGAAAUGGAUUUCUUGAUAGUUCUGUGGCAGACAGUACUCACAAGUCUUUGGCAUCCAAACCAGAUUGUGUACUGGAUGAAUCCCACAACUGGACGUGUGCACUGACCUCUUUAUUUCCAGCUUUUUAAAAUGGAACUCGGUAGCAGCACUUUAUAAGUGUAUAAAGCAACAGAGAGUGGAAACCCUGUUUGCAUCACAGCUGCUACACAGUUUACAAUUGGCCCCUUCCAUCCGCAGCCCCUUCUGCAGGAAGCUGCUGUAACAUGGGCAAAUCUAGCACACCCAAUGUCUUGGUUUUUCUAAUUUUGAGGAGUUCCCGUUACCCCUUUGGCCUUUGCUUGCUGUGUGAGCAGCCUCUGUGCUAAGAGGAGCUUUCCUUGAAGUCAGCUUAGCAACUGUGCUGUAGCUUGAUUAUUUUCCCCGUUUUCUAUACCCAGUAGCAUAGUGUCAAGAGCUCUUUCCCCAUUGUAUUUGUUGCUAUGGGGAGGAAGAGGUGAGGCAAAGCAUGCUGAGAAGAGGGAGGAAGAGUUACGGGAUGGUCAGUGCGACAGCUCCCCCUCCCUCUUGGAAAUACCUGCUUCCAGUUGUGGGAUUUCUCUUUAGAUGACUUUUUUCUCUUGUUUUUGUAAGCCUAGGUUUUUUUUUUGAUCUUGUUAGUUCUGUACCAGUCUCCCCGAGACAUACUGCAGUCAUUAUCACCUUUUUGGGUGGAGUUUAUUUUUUUGGUUUGUUUGGUUUUUUAAAUAACUUUUUAACAUUGGUGCAUAUAUGCUUGGGAUAGAGCUCAUGUAAUUUUCCAAUCGUAUUGAUUGUAUGUGAUUGUGCCCUGCAGAGGUAUAUUUAACAAAAAAUAAAAAGGAUAGUCUAGGUAAUAAAGGAGACCAUGAGAUUUGUUGAGUCAGGUUAUGAGCUAUUUCUUGAAUUUAUUUAGGAUUUUGGGUAAGUGAAAUCCCUUGUCUGCUGUUCUCAUAAGUCAACGCUAAACAAGGCGUCAUUAUCCCCGUUUGUUGAGCUGCUUCUUUUCUUGCUUUUCUCCUCCCUCUGUUUUUCUUCCUUUCCUGCUUCGCUUUCCCAUAAAAAAAAAAAUAAUAAUAAUAAUUCUUAAGCCUUAUGUGGAUGGCUGACUGUUGGAGUGAUUUUGUGAAUAUGUAUUGUGUGUAACUAUCAGAACGCUUUCAGUAGGAGUAGAGAUGCAGUAGAGCAUACGAGAAGAAUUCCAUCAAGUGAGUUCUUUGCAAGUUCAGGGGAAGCUGGAAGCCUUGUGCGCACACUGAGCCUGUAAGGCACUGCAGUACCUCUCCUUGAAACGUUAGGUGCUUUCCUCCUUUUGGGAAAAACGGGAUGACAAAAGGAGUAGAAAAUGGUCCUUGGAUCUGACUCUGUCCUUACUCCUGCAAUAGAAUUCUUAAAGUGGGAAGAGCAGCCUGCUAGGCAUUGUGCUGCAGUAGGAUGGAGCGGGCUGAAGGAAGCCAAAGGCAAGGAGGGUCCAGAGGUCUGAGAGUCAGUGUUUGUCUCCCUUUUUCUUCCUUCAGCUACGGAGCCGACAGCAUCACUUGUAUUAAUUAAAGAGCAAGGAAGUGGAGACCUAUUGUGUGUGCAUGAUGGUGAUAUAGAAAAAGCCAUAUGUUGAAAUGCUGUUUCCUUUCCUCUCUUCACUUUGCUUUUCUCCCUGUUCAAGCUGGCUCGGCCUCACCUUGCUUCCACAUAGUGUCUGAGAGUCCUUGGUGUUGCAGAUCCAACUAAACACUUUCACUGGUGGAAAGGUGGUGAUUCACUACUUGGUCUGUAAAUAGAUGGAAGUGUCUACAAGGUCUUAUCUGCUUUUCUGUCAGCAUUUAUAUUAAAUGAUAAAUUAAUGGAGAACACUGAAA